UUCAUACGUCAUAACACAAUCGUUCAUAAUACGAUCGUACUAGUACGAAAAUUUUUUCUUAGAAUAUUUUUAUUUAAUUUUUCUGUUUUACUUCUUAUCGCUUGCAUUGUCGAUAAGACUUCAUUUUUUUAUUGAGUGUAUUAACUGUUUUAUGUCGACGUCAGGUUAUUUAAUUGGGACAUUCAUCUGUAGUUUCUUGGUGACUCAACUUUUUUGUUUGUGUGGUAUACUUAGUGAAUAGAAUGACAAUGUUAACAAUGUUGUGUAAAUAGUCAUAUCAGGUCAGUUCAGUGAAUAUUGGGCGAUGGAUACACCACCGGUUCCCAAGCCUCGGAGUGUUGUACCGGCGCAAAAUGACCAGAUAAAGCAACCCGUGCCUCUCCCGCGGACCAAGGUGUCGAACAACAAUGAGAAACCUAAAUCCACUAGUUUAAUGAGAUCUCUAAGCACCGUGUCGAAAAUUACUGGAGAUGUGGCGAAUAAGGUAGCCAGUACGACAAAAAGUGCCAGAGAGGAUAGCUCGAAGUUCGCUAAAGAAACACUUGAGAAAACUCUUUCCACGUCUAGAGCAAUGAUAGACAGCACCAAAUCCAGUUUGAAAUUGCGCAGGCUGAAGAAAUUUGACACUGGUGAUAAUGCUGACAAGCAUGUUUCUAUGCCAUGCAUGGACACAAGUAUGUUUGAAAAUAUACACUUCCAGUCGCCCAUGCUGGAGCAAAAACAACAUAGAACCGAGAAUUUGAAUGAGCUACCGUCGCUGCAAUUGAACACAACAUUCUAUGAUGACCUAUCAGUAUUUUCUAGCAAUUCAGAUUCUAAUACAGAAUCAGUGAGUGACUUCUCCCGUGAUAGUGCAGAGUUUGAGCACAGUCACAAUUUGCAUCUAGAAGGUGAUCAAACAACAUAUGAUACCCCGAGACAAUCAAGAACCAACAGUAUGAUCAGUGACAGAAUAGUUCCCGAGCCACCUGAACGGAGGAAGAAGCGUGCUAGUGAAGUAAGCAUGAUGCGGAAUAAUUCCUUGUAUGAAAAUUGGACACUACCAACUUUAAAUACAAGCACUGUGGAAUCUGUGAAUAAAAACUUGACUGUGGAAACAACUAACAACAAUAAAGUGGAUGAUAGGCCCAGUAAGAGUAUGAUACUGUUGUUCGAUCCGCUAAAUACAACAUCGUCUACUAAGAAAUAUGACGGAGUUAGCAACGAGCUGCUGCUUUUAGAAUCAUUCUUAAUUGGAGAUACAUAUGGUUCUAUAAUUAGCACCGAUACUCAUGAUGAUGUAAUGGAAUUUCCAGAAAGUGAUUAUUUUAAUCCACCGACACCCCCUGAGAGAUCAGACAGCCUUCUUACUGCACCAGAGACAACAGAUGUUAAUGAGAAUAACAAUGAAGUACCACCCGAUACAGAUUCAGUUCAGGAUAACCCAAAACCUAUUGUUAGUGAUGUUAAGAAGCCACAAUCAGUUAUGCAUAAGUUUUCACAAAUAUUGAAACUGGACAAUGUUUUAAAUAAGCCCACCAAACAAGAAAAUUUGAAUGUGCAAAUUAUAGAAAGGCCUCCCAUAAAUAUGUUUGAGGCACCAUACUUUUGUGGUAUAAUUACUCGUAUUACGUCCACUGUUACCGAAGACCUGUUUAAGAACUCUCAAUCCAGAUAUUGUGUUCUCUCCAACAAGAAACUCAUGUGUUAUACGGAUCCAACUAAUUCCAUUUUGAAAGAAGCCUACACUUUGGACUAUGUGUAUUCUAUUCAAUUGGUGCUGCCUAUAUCUUCUAGCACAACGAACAAUUCGUUUUGCUUCGAGAUCAUGGUAUCCGGGAGCGGCGGCAAGCACUCCCCCCGCAAGGUGGUGUUCAGUUGCACUAACGCAGCAUUACGUCGGAGUUGGACCCAUAGUCUGGUGGCGCACCUUACCACCUUCCCCGUCAAGUACACCAGCGACUUCACAAGAUGUGGCUGGUGUUACCUCAAGGAGGGCGUGACAGGAGAGUGGCAAGGCGCGUGGUUGAUACUGCAUCGGCGUGUGUUGGCUUACUACACAACGCGCGACUCCGACGUCUGCACCGUAGACCUGAGGAAGACCAGAUGUGUCGUGACCCAAGAAGCUGAAGAUGAGACGAAGAAAUCCUGUCAAACAGAAUGCGCGAAUAAUCUGUUGUUGGAUUGUCCACAAGCUACACUAUACUUACACUUCCCUCAUGAAAGAGAACUCAAGAGCUGGCGUUUCAUGAUCCGCCUGGCUGCGCACAACAACGGCACAUACCUGCACCACCAACAGCUGACCAAAGAGGACGUGCCCGUGAUCGUCGAGAAAUGCCUCAGCUUUGUAUAUGCACAUGGGAGUCUCUCGGAGGGCAUCUACCGGCGUGCGGGCUCAAACUCAAUGAUAGCGGACUUAUUAACCGGGUUCCGGCGCGACGCAUGGUCGCUUCAACUCUGUCACGGCCAACAUUCGGAGCACGAUGUCGCUGGAGUACUGAAAAGGUUCUUCAGGGAUCUUCCUGAGUCGCUCAUACCGCAAAAUAAACAUCAAGAACUGAUCGAUGCACUGGCGAUACCGAAUAACUUAGAGCGACACCAAACCUACCGACGUAUUUUCUCUUCGCUACCGCUGGUCCCAGCGAACACUGCUCGGAAGCUGUUCGCGCACCUGCAUUUCCUGCAGUCCAUGAUGUACGCCAACAAAAUGGGAGCGGAAAACUUGGCGGCAGUAUGGGCGCCCACUAUUAUGCCUCAGGCAACUACAAGCGAGCCCAAUCAACAAAUGUGGAUGACCUGUAUGCACGUGAUCAAGGAUCUGAUUGUAAACUUCGAGUCGAUAUGGGAGCCCACCGAAGCCGAGAAACGCCGGGAGGCAGCUAUUAGAAGGGUGCUGGUGAAAGUGUACGGGACCCAAGUGCCGGUCGCGCCGAAGGCGGCGGGCGAUCUCCGAACGUGGAUCUAUGUUAAUGAUAAGACAACGUGCUAUCAAGUGGCGCUUACACCAAACAAGACGAGUUCUGAUCUAUGCAUAGAAUUAGCGGAAAAAGCGAAUACAUACUCACACCUUCUGAUGUUAGAAGAAGUGGUAUGCGACAACGCAAUGCGCCGGAUCGUCCAUAUAAACGAGGUGGUACUAGAUGUGGUGCUACGGUGGAGCUACUGGGACGAGGAGGACAGGAAAGAAAACUAUCUAUUGUUGAGCAAAAACACAAUCCUCCACGAGAUGGAAGCCAAGAGGGAUGCCCCUCAGUUGAAUGCUACCCUCAAGUUUGCUAAUGAGACCACUAAGACGUUUAAGUCUCAUAUUUUUGGAGUACACAGCGGCAGCUUGGUUUAUUUUAAAGAUAAGCAAGGUGCAAUCAAAGCUGAGGAGUGGAAAAUACAGGAUCACCUAUGGUACCUCGGUCACGAAGUGAAACGCAACCCACAAGGGCUCUGGGCUAUCACGUUCAUACCGAAAAACAAUAAGCCGAAACGAAGUAGAGAGAAACCGUGGUUCGGCUGCACGAUAUCAAGCCAAGUCGCCAAGAAUGAUAUAAAAUGGUUGGCAGCCAUCACCUUCGCCGAACACACCAAUAUAUUGCCAACGCCGAGAUUGAUUGAUACCAAAUAAAAUAGAAGCCUCGUUUAGCAGCUCUAAACUUUUUACUUUUUUUUUUUAUAAUAUGAUGGAAAUAAAACGUAAAAGAUACGUUAUACGAUCGAAAUAAGAAUAGAAAUACCAAUGAUUUCGAUCUAUCAUAAGGCUCUUUAAAAAGUACAGUUUGAAAUGAGAUUACUUUUGCAUAUAUACAUCACUUAAACUAUUAUUACGUUUUUUUUUAAAUAAAUCGUACUUGUUUUGUUAGCUGUUUAGCUAAAAUGACAACAGUUUGGCGGAAAGUAUUUAGUUACUUUGUCAAAUCAUUUCCAAACUGAGCCUCGUGUCAAGGACUUGGAUUAGACCAGUUAAUCUUGACUAUUUCCAUAAAGUCCUGAUGACAGCAUAGAUCUGGAAGUCUCUGGAACGGAUCCCGGUGAUCUCAAGAACUAGUUUAGCAGAAAGUAUUUGCUGUUAUUAUUUGGAUCGUAUUAGUAUUGUUUUUAAUAAAUAAAAUUUUAUAUUAAUCAAGAAAUUGUAUGCUGAAUACACUAGUAUAUAAACUAGUGAUAUACAUAAAUGUACACAAAAUAACAUAGAAUAGAAUGGACAUUUUAAUAAAUAAAUUUAAUGCAUGCCCAAGUUUAGAUUUUGGUUUAAAUAAUCAACUUUGUAUGUAUUAUACUUACUAAUUAGUAUAUUACGAAUUUAAUUAAAAAAUAACAGUUGCCUUAUGUGAGUGUACAAUUUAUAAUUAUAAGAUUUAUUUUUUAUUCUUAAUGUAUUUUUACAGAUUACCAUCUUUAUAAACAUAAGUACAACAAAAGACAAAUUAUUUCACAAUGAGUGAUAAAAUUUAAUAUAGUGAAUAUAUUAUCUACUUUUGUGAUGUUUGUUUUAACAUAUUUUAGUUAAGAUGUCAUAUAUAAACUAUAUGAAAAGCCAAGCUAAAUAAAAAAUGUGAGAAUAGUAUAAAAUAAUUUGUUUUGUUAGUUGCUAAAGCAGUAACUGAGUUUGAAAUUUACCAUAAAACAUAAUUAUAUGUUAACUAUUAUAAUAAAAAAUCACAAUUAUCUAGCUUGCCAUUGUUGAAAAUAAACUUAUUACAAACAGAUUACAAAUUAAAAAAAAAUAUAAUCUGUUUCAAUGGAACAUAAUAAUGGAAAAUAUAAACAAAUGUAUAAUUGGUUCGAUCAUAAGACAGUCUUCUAAUAUCCUACUGUAUAGUCCAAAUUAAAUAUCGAUUAAUCGUUUUGUUACUUAUUUAAAAGUUUUUGUAGUAAUUUACAGUACGGUUUCAGAAGAAUUCCCUUCCACCAAUAUUCAGGCUGUAGAAUGCGCUCCCUGCCGAGUUUUUUCGAAAGACUGCAGUAUGGGGUUUUUCAAAAAGGCCGUAUUAAAGUUCCUUUAGAGUUGGGAAUGCGCACGUGACUUUGGUGUUACAAGCGUCCAUAGACUACGCUGAUCUUUUACCACCAUAAGAGCGGUAUACUCGUUUACCAGAUUCGUGGUAUAAAAAAAAUCAACAAAACUUGAUUACUUUUUCCAUAUGUUCCAUUGAAUCAGACCUUAAGAAUAUAUGCUUUAAACAUCUGUAUUUCUAUUUUACUAUACAAUUUAUCUGUCAAUUACAACAUAUCUACAUUCCACAAAAUCGCUCACCUAAAUAACGCAUAACGCAAUGUAGGCAUUAAGUUACAAUAAGUUAUAUCAAAAUUUAAAAUAAGUCUGAUUUGGUGCUAAUUUUAAAUAUAAUUUGACACAAACCAAUAUAGUUCCUUGGCACUAGUUAUGUUCAAAUAAGCAUUUAUAUUAAAAUUCCCAAACAGUCCGUUGUAGCCCAACAAUGCUUGCCCUAGAUAUAUAUAAAAUAGGAUUUAACACACACACACACAUAUAUAUAUAUAUAUAUAUAUAUAUAUAUAUAUAUAUAUAUAUAUAUAUAUAUAUAUAUAUAUAUACUGUAUAAUAUAAAUGAGAUAAAUGGGUAAUAAAUAUUUCGUAUAUUGUAAUAAUAUAUCUGAUUUUAAUAUUAACAUAUUUAUUGCUUGCUAAAUGCAAAUUUAUAAGAUUUUAAAGGAAAUUUCUUUUAAAUAUGAUAAGUAAAUACCUUUUUUUAUUGUAUUUAUCUAAAUAUUGUUCGUAAAGUAUUUUAAAUUAGUCCGGCAGCAUUUAUUGUAAUAUUUUUAGUAUUACAAACAUAUAUAGGCUACCACGUUUCGCAUAGUAUUUCUUUUUUAUAAAUACGCUUAAUCAUGAUAAAAAAAAAUGUAUUUGCGCUUAGAAAUAAAUAAAAGUCAUUUAAAUAAUAAAAUUAAUUAUUAAUAAAAUUAAUGACAUUAUUAUUGAGUUUUUACAGUGUAAUUUAACUUAAUGAAUAAUCAUAUAUUCAGCGCCGUAAUUUUGGUAACAUGGAUUUUUUCCAAUUCUUCGAAGAGAAAUUACAAGUUAUCAUUCUGUAAAAUAUAUUACUGGACUGCGAUUUUUUUUUUUAACAAAAGAAUUGGGUAUUUUUUUUUUUAUAAUUAAUGACUAUAUUUUUCUUAUAAUUUUUUUUUAUCUUUUACUUCACUUUGGGUAUACAUAGUAUUCUUCUUGACUGAAUCAAAAUAUUUAGAGAUUGUAAAUCAUCUGUGAGAAAAUAAUUUUCGUCCAAACCACCUCAUUCAUUAUAUUCGUACUACAUGGAACUCAAUUCAGACAAACAUGUCAUGCAGUUCUUUUAUAACUUAAUGACUAAUAAUAUUAGCAGUUAAUAGAAAGCAAUACCUAAUCCUGACAUUUGGAUCGAUUCUGUGACGAUAUUGUAAAACCUUUAAAUUAAAUUUUGAAUUUGCUAUCACAGCGAAAUGAGGACUAAAUUUCUAAUAGAUUAAGUCAAAAUUAUUAUAACUUCAGUUUAUAAUGGCCCAUAAAAUAGUAACUUCGUGAAACUAUCAAUUUUUAGAGGAUGCGGCCUCAGAAUCUAUCCCACUUUGUCACUUCUAAUCCAAAAAAGAGUAAAAUUCUAAGUUGCGUAUUUAUAUUAAUUUGCUUUAUUACUCGUAUUUAUUCCUAUAUCGUCAUUUUCUUUAUUUCGUAAAAAUUUGCAACUGCACGAAAAAUUAUUUCCUAAUGACAGUGCUCAAAUGUUUUUCAAAUACAAAUUUAAAUUUGUGUGAUUAUAUUAAAAUAUAUUUCUGUUCGAGUGUUUCGCUUUGUGAUUUACUUUAAAUUAAUAUUAAUGAGAAAGAAAAUAAUACACUGUGAUCAAUUUAACUGUUACUGAAGGUCCGUGCUCUUAGUACAGGAUAUAUUUCUAUGUAAAAAAGUGAAAAAUAUAAAAGAAAAAUGUAAUUAAAUAGUAUGAUUUGUUCUACUUGAAUUCUAUUCUGUAUAUUUGUAGUUGUUCUGAUUGAAAAACUAUAAAUAUACAAAAUAAACAAUGACAUAUACAACUCAAGUGAAAUACAGUAGCAUCAAGUACAGAUUAGUGUUUUUUUUUUAUUUGAUGACAAUACCAAUAUGGCGACCGUAAUUCCAAGUUUUGACAGUUCACAGAUAAACUGUCCACACUGUAUUUGUCAUAAACUACGUUUUUAAGACGACCCUAUUCUAAUUCUAUUGUGUCAAAAUAAAAUUAAACUGGUAAUUCAUGUGUCUUAUUAUUACAUUAUGUGAUACGUAAAUAUUACCAAAGUGUAAAAUUUAUAAUCAUUAUGUAUUGCAUACAUUUUAUAUUGUUUAUUAUACAAUGUAGUUAUUGUAAAUUUUUUAAAUUUAUCUCGAUGAAAUGAAAGUAACACAUGAAAUUUUAUUGUAUGACUAUUUUAGACAAUUUAUUAUAAUAUUAUAUUGAUGAAA